AUGAAGAAGAUUGGUAUCUUUCCUGCAUCUGGUGGGCUUGGGGGAAGCACCUAUCGGCAUUUGCUCAAGGUGGUCGCCAACGAUAACGUCAUUCUGAUCAACCGACACCCCGACAAGAUCCCGCAAGAAUACGUCGAUGCCGGAGUCAUCGCACGGCCUGCGUCCUACGAAUCUACCCCUGCAGAGCUAGAACAGGCAUUUUCCGGGAUCGACAUAUUAUUUCUGAUUUCUUACCCAAGUCACGUCCAUGAGUAUCGCGUCAAGGUGCAACUCCCAGCCAUUGAUGCGGCACGUCGUGCAGGUGUCAAGCACAUAUUCUACAGUAGCCUUGGCUUUGCAAGCGAUCCCAAGACUCUCACCAAGGCGAGCUCGCUUGCUGUGGUCAUGCAGGCGCACUUGGACACAGAGAGAUACCUGGAGACCAUCGCUGGAUCGAACUCGUCCUUCACCUACACCUCAGUGCGCGAGGGCCUAUAUUCAGAGUCGUUUCCUAUAUACACCGCGUUCUUCAACCCCAAAGACCCACCCGAGCAUGGUGAGAUCCAGAUCCCCCAUGACGGCUCCGGUCCAGGCGUCGCAUGGGUGAAGCGGGAUGAGCUGGGAGAGGCGACGGCAGCAUUGAUUGCACGUUUCUCCGGAGUCGGGCCUCAAUUUCCAAAGGCAUAUGUCAAUGGGAAGGUGCUGUUGACUGGGAAGCGAGUUUGGACAUUGGCUGAGACCGUCACCGAGCUUAGCAAGGUUGCCGGGAAGCCAUUGAGAAUCCGGCAGAUCACAACUGAUGAGUACGCUGCUCUUCCACAGGUUUUGAACCGUUUCGGGUCGAAAGAAAAGGCUCUCACAUGGGCGACAGCCUGGGAGGCAAUCCGCAAUGAAGAGACUGCUGUGGUGUCGCCGGAGUUGGAGGAAAUACUUGGGAGGCCACCGGAAGCAUUUGAUGUGACAUUGAAGGAACAGUGGUCAUGA